GAACUUCAAUCAAGUUAAUAGAAAUCAUUGACAUAUAAAAUAUUCAAAUAAAAUAUCAAAUGGAAUUAGUUGAAAGUAAUUUUGAAUUGUUAUCAUGUGGAGAACCUUGUUGCGAUCAUCAUCCUGCACCUCCACAAUGGACGGGCAAAUCCAUAAACCCAAAGUGUAUUUUGCAUACUUUGGUUCGCGUUAUGAAGGAUACAAUCUCUGAGGAUCAAGUCAAAAGACAAAUUUACUUGCUUCAAGAUUUAAAAUGUGGAUUAACAUGUGGUUUUUGGAUUCAAGAUAUUCAAGAUGCAACAAAACUAAUUGAAAUUUUAAUGUGCAAGGGCGAAGUUUUGCCGAUUUUCUUUGAAUACGCAAAGUAUUUUCUUGGUUUAAUGAAAUAUCCCCCAUUGAUGUGUCGCACAAAUGAAAUAUUAGAUUUUAGCCAAAACGUUCAAAAUUAUUUUGAUUUUUUUGGUUAUAUACUUGUUACAACCUCAAAACAAAUUGUAAGAGAAAUAAUUAUGAAUUCAUUACAACAGCUGUUGGAAUAUAAAGAAAUACUGCCAGAUCACUCAAUGCCAUGGACUAUAAUGACUAGACAAAUUGAAUUAUCAAACUUACCAUUGAUUUUAACACAGUAUAUGGAAUUGUGCAACAAUGAUAUUUACUUUGAUCUGGUGAAAAUGGUUUCUAUUAUUGCUACAUUUUCAGCAUCAAUGUGUAUGACUUUAAUCAAAGAUGGUUGCCUUCAAAUAGUAAUGAUGCGGCUUAAUCCACAAUGGCAGGAACAUCUUGGUGGUCCUCGACCCCAAUACGAAAACUACGUCGUGGACCACGACUACCCCCUGGACGAUUCAAUAAUGUUGAUCCACACUCUACUGGACACUUAUCACAACUAUUCUAGUGAUGAGGUCAAGAAUGAAAUCAACUCGCCGGGUGUGGAAGCUCUCUGGGGACUCCGGUAUGCUUUGCGUUUGUAUACUAUCGACGAACGUUACAAAAACGAGCGGAAUUUUACGGCAGCCUUGUGGUUGUUAUUUGCUGAGUGUUUUCCUGAUGCAAAACAUGUUCAAUCUGGUAUUGUGCAUGAUUUUGCAAUAUUGUCAAAGAUUGGUGAUUGCACACAAGGUGGAAAAUGGCUUGCAACUGUGCAGUUUAAUUUUUCCGACAUCAAUGAUUAUGAGUUAAAGAAAAUUUCUAUGAUAGGAUUAAUUGUGUUCCAUCAUUGUUUAGGUGCAGACAGAAUUUAUGAAGAUGAAGAAAUAAUGUUUGCGUUAUGCAAACUCUUAAACAAGGAUAUUACCUGUUGGGCACCAAGGUUUUAUGACACACUACUUCUAACAGUUUUAAAUGUUUUACAGCAUAUUGUAUCUGAGCAUGUAAGUGCUUUUCUUUGCGCAAGUGGACAAACACAUAUUGUUAAUAUAUUACAUCAACUCGUAAUAUCAGGAGAUUACGAACAACGAUUCGAUGUUUACUUUCAAGCAUUGAGGUUCUCAAUUACAAUGAUACGUGUUCUUGCAAAGAAUUCUUGUUUGUAUAAAGAAGAUAUCGAGACACAAAGUAAACUGCAAAGAAAUAUAAUUGAAAAAUUGUUUGAUAUGGAUUUAAAACUUAAGAACCAGAAAAUAAUGGCGCAAUCUGUACAUAUUUUGGGAAUACUUCCUGCGAAUGAAUGUGCUGCAAAUGUAGAAUUUGCGGUAGCACUAUUCAAUCGGGUCUUGAAUCCUAGACCAACUGAUAGUGCUUAUAUUCAACGUUUGAUUGUUUAUUCUGUUUGGUUGAUUUGGAACAACGGUUUGCAUAACAAUGUUAAUUUUUAUUACUUUAUCAAGUUGAAGGGAAUUUUUAUAAUGUUGGAUCUGAUAAAAAAUGCGGCUUUUACCGUAAAACUAAUUUGUUUGGGCUAUCUGGUGGAUAUUAUUCAAGAAGGUACUGCAAUUCCAUAUGUUGUUACUUGGCAAAAAGACGGUGUAGGAUUUUUAAGCUUAUUGGUGAAUAUUUUUCGAAAGGAGUGUCAGCAACUAGGCGUAGAAUUGUCGUCAAGAGGUGUAAUAACUGAUCCAAAGUUUCCCCUAAUGGGAACAAUUCAGAAAGAAGCAUUAUUAAACAAAAAAUAUUCUUUUGAAGUAAGUCCAUCAAUAACUGAUUUAUUUGUCAGUUGCCGACCAAAAAUCUAUGCAAUUUUGCAAUUGCUAAGCAAUCACCAUGGUCAAACGUUAGAUCUUUUAAACGACUACUAUAAAACAUACGAUUCCAAUUUAUCUACUGACGACAAAAUAACAAAAAUAUUGUGUGAAAAUUAUCUAGUAAUAAAACUAGGAGAAAUGUGGAUGGAACUUGAUUUGGAAAUGAGCCCAAUUCAACCUGCUCCAGGCCAUAAAUUUAUGCUGGAUACACUUCUAAAUCACUUCCUUGAUUGUGGCCAAAAGAUACAAAAAUUACAGAACAAUUGGCUGGCAAUUGAAAGAAAGAAUGAACAUAUUUCUGAAGAGGAGUUUUAUCAUCUUCUUCGUGAAACUAAACUUGGUCCCGCUAUUCAAGGACUUGCAGAAAUGAAAUAUCUGGCACGUGCCACCAACGCUAAGAUUAGACAAUCUUAUACGUAUGCAAGAGAGUCUCUCACAGAAUUAGGAAUUAUUGAGACGCAUAGAACACUGCAAUGCGUCAAUACAUUCCGAUUUUUCUCUCAGAAAUUAGUUAUCCAGUCAGAUAUUAUUAAAGAGCCAUUUGCACAGAUUCCUCCGGAUCUUGUUUCGGAAGAUAGCAAUGACCGUAUGUCUAUUUUUGAUGGAAGUAUUUCCGGAAUUUCAUUGUCAUUUUCAAUUGACUGUAAAGAAUCUUGAAAUGAUGGCAUGAAUACCAAAAAUUGUUUAUAGACUCAAAAAAAGAAGAAAACUGAUAAAUCAACGCUUUAAACUCAAACAAAUAAAUAAAUAUUGUGUAUGUACAUUUAUUAUACUAAAAUAUAGCAAUCAAUAAAUAUAGGACUAGAUAACAUUUACAAAUUUAAA